AGAGUGUGUGUGUGUGUGUGUCUCUCUCUAUCUGCAUGUGUAUAUGUGAUCAGAGAACAUAUGUGGCACAGUCCAUGGUGAAGUACAUGUGAGGGAAAAAGCCAAUUUUCCUGUGUGGACGUGCAGCCCUCCGACAAAGCCGGACCUAAGUUUGAUUGUGGACCCUUGAUUCCUGCUUUUCUCUUCCUCAAAUUAUGUUUUUCCAGCUUGGAUUUUCUUUUUUCUUUUUUUCAAAUAUGAGGAAUAUACUUUAUGUGGAGUGUCAUCCAUCACUUUUCGUUUUCCUUUGAGCUUCAAACACACAGUUACUCACACACACACACACACAGUCCUCUGCUCCAUGUAGCGCUGCGUGGGCAAGGGGCCUACCUGGAUUAGUCUGAGCGUACAUGUUUGUGGGACAGACUCACAGAAGAAGGGAGAGACUGAAAGAGAGAAAUAAAGUGAAGCAGAGGGAAGGAAGAUGUAUCUGUACAAAGCGACGUGUCCGGAUAUUCCCAACCCGAAGCAGAAGGGGACCAGAUGUCAGGUCGGGGUCCAGGCUCAAGGCCCGGGUCAGGGGCGGCUCGUCAGCCACGCGCCCACCGGGACGGGACCUCGACCCUACGCUCCUCUGAUGUUGUGGACGACAAACAAACCCAACAGUGUGGCGCAGCUCAAACAGCUGGAGGAGUUUCUGAACUUCCACUCGUUGUCUCUGCAGGACACCGUGAAGAGUCAGACAGGCAUGGUCUACAGGAAUCUGGGAAAGUCGGGACUCAGAGUAUCGUGCUUAGGACUGGGAACAUGGGUGACAUUUGGAGGACAGAUAACAGACGAGGUUGCAGAGCAGCUAAUGACCAUUGCGUAUGAGAGUGGAGUCAACCUGUUCGACACAGCGGAGGUGUACGCAGGCGGCAGGGCCGAAAUCAUUCUAGGAAACAUUAUCAAGAAGAAAUGCUGGAGGCGAUCCAGCCUGGUCAUUACGACUAAACUCUACUGGGGAGGAAAAGCAGAGACGGAGAGAGGAUUGUCAAGGAAACACAUUAUUGAAGGUAUACACACACACACACACAUGCAAAGAACAAAACAGCAACUCCAGACGUUUCGUUUCUCACUUCCACAGUUUGUCAUUGUGUCGAUUCAAUCCCUUUCUACUACGUCAACCUUUGCAUCUCUCCGUCCCCCAGGGCUGAAAGGAUCUCUACAGCGGAUGCAGUUGGAGUACGUGGAUGUAGUUUUUGCCAACCGCCCAGACAGCAAUACUCCCAUGGAGGAGAUUGUUCGGGCUAUGACCUAUGUGAUCAACCAAGGCAUGGCCAUGUACUGGGGGACGUCUCGGUGGACGGCCAUGGAGAUCAUGGAGGCGUAUUCAGUUGCAAGACAGUUUAACCUGAUCCCUCCGGUCUGUGAGCAGGCAGAGUAUCAUCUCUUCCAGAGGGAGAAAGUAGAAGUGCAACUGCCUGAACUCUACCACAAGAUCGGAGUCGGGGCGAUGACGUGGUCACCGCUGGCGUGCGGCAUCAUCACGGGGAAAUAUGACAAUGGCAUUCCUGAGUCCUCCCGGGCCUCCAUGAAGUCGUACCAGUGGCUAAAGGAGAAGAUAGUGAGUGAGGAUGGAAGGAAGCAGCAGGCCAAGCUGAAAGAGCUGAACCACAUCGCAGAGAAGCUGGGCUGCACUCUGCCUCAGCUGGCUGUGGCGUGGUGCCUAAGAAAUGAAGGAGUGAGCUCAGUCCUUCUGGGAACAUCCAACCCUGAACAGCUCACAGAGAACCUCGGGGCCAUACAGGUCCUUCCUAAGAUGACCUCUCACGUGGUGUCUGAUAUCGACCAUAUCCUGGGCAACCGGCCGUACAGUAAGAAGGAGUACCGCUCUUAGACCAGGCUGGCGUUCCACCGCGAGGUCAGCUGUACCUACCUGCUUCACCAUACCGCUACCAUGGGCCCACAGUUCAAUGUUUAAAAAGUCCACGGUCCUCUCCUUGGGCCCCACUCAGCUCCAGCCCACUUCCGCCUGGAACAGACAGCUCGGCCUCUCGCCCAGCGUUGCAUCUCUGUUCUGGGACUUGUACCUGCUCAGAUCCGCUCCACCAGGUUCGUCUCAGGUCCAGUCCCGCUCAGCCGGCCAAGAAAUGCUUAACAAAGUCAGCUUUUUGCAGCCUCAAACGCAACCUAAUCCAUUUUGUGUGAAUCAAUACUUUGUGCUGUGUUGCCCUGUUCUGCACAGGCCAAUUAAAAGAUAUUACCCACGUUCCAAUUCAGAUCCAGUGCCAUGCUGACGUCAUUCCGAGCACCCCAUCCCAGCUCAGCUCCGUCCAGGGGCCUCAUUUAUAAAUUUAAUCAAGCGAGGCAGUAUCUCAACUGAAAUGAGAUGGCAGGUUAUUGCAACUACAGCUAAUUAUUUUCAGAGAUGGCCAACUUCACGGUCACUUGCAAGUUGGAAGAUGAAAAGAAGUGCAGGUGUUUUUAAAAUAACAGUGCCUUGCAUCUUAAUAGUAGCUGGUGCGUGUGACCGGUCCGUUACUCGUCCACCUUCCCACUCACAUUCUCCCGACUCACCCGACGACCAAGACCAUCACGUCUCAAACGUUCCCUAUCUAAUGUCCAGACUUCCGCCCACAAGUAAUUUCAUUUGAGCACAAAAUGUAUAUUGAGCACAUGUUUAGUUUAUGAGAAUUACUGUACCAUAGCUGUAUAGAUGCAGUUCAUGCAAGCGCCUUAGACUUAUACACCAGAGGUUCCUCAGGAAUGUGGACGCGAAGAAGUUGUGUUGAUCGGUUUUUUCCUUGAAUUGCAACUCAGCAAAGCAAAUUUCUAUCGUGAGAUCAAAUGUUUUGGAUGUUUUCCCUUGAAACGUGAAGAUUGGCAAUGAUAAGGUGGCCUGCUUAUAAUUCCUUUAUGAACGAGGCCUCAACUAACUAGUUCCCUUGUUGGCUUGAAUUAGCUGCUUUCAAUCUCUUUACCAAAUGUAUCCAGUCCUGUAUUCAGAUACGUACCGAGUAGUAUUCAGGAGAUAUUAUGAGGCUGCAAAUCCUGAGCAUAUUAACCAACAGAUGCAUGUUUCCCCGUCUAAUGUCUGCCUCUCUUUUCUACAAAGCACACAAUUAAACAACAGAACAGGAGUUUGAUCGAAAACGAUGCGAGCUUGUGUACUGUCCAUGAGCCCCUGUGAAGCAGAGGAUUGUGGGAUAUUGAGUGUCCGUUGGCCUGUAGGGGAGAGAGUGAAGCAUGUCGCCCCCAUGUGGUCAAUCUGAGGAAACAUUCCUACUACUUCUCUCUCAGUCUGCGUUCAUUAUGGACUUGUCAUCUUUCUUGCCUGUGAACUCAACCUGCAUCGCUGAUUGCCUCUAUGAAACUUGCAGAUAUUGUCUUCUGCAUAUAACAAAAAUCUAUACGAUCAAAGGAUGACUGACCUCCCUGGCGGUCAUCAUUAUAAUAACUGCAAAAAACUUGCUUGUUAAUGGACAGGUGUUUGGGACGUGGCAAAGAUAUUUAUUCUAGAGUAGAUAACAAAUAUGAAAUUUAUUUUGACAUUUUGAGAUACUGUUUUUUGUUUGAAGAUGUUAAAUGUACAUAAGAUGUUAAGGCAUACCCUGUAACAUAAGCAAAAACACAAAGAAUCCUCUCUUGCAUACGAGGACUUCACUGUACUGUAUGGCUGAUAUAUAAAUAACAUGUACAUAGAGUUAUUUUGCUGCUCCUCUGCAGUGUCACUGCAUGGGGUCGCAGUGUUCGGAUCUGCUCUUCAUACCAUCCUUCUCCUCCAGACGGAUAUUUUAUAUGCCGCCAUCUUUGUAAGGCGCAAUGGUUCAUUUAUUUAAAUUUUUGCAUAAGUCAGAUUAUGGAAUCUGUUAUGGUAUGGCAUUAUUUAAAGAAAUAAGAAAUAAGUGAUGAGCUAAAAGCAUUGUGUAACGACCUAACCUUGACUCUUUUUCAUCUGGAAAACAAGCCAUCAGCAGACAUGUUGGCUGGGUUCCGGCCCAAUCACUGUUUCGUCCUCGGUGCACACACACAUUUUUGUUGACUGGCAGCACAAACACCAUCCCAGGUUUUAAUCAAAGGAAAUCUCAGUCAAUUACGUCUAUUUAUACCUUUGCCAAAAACACAUUGGAACAAACUUCAAUGAGCAGCGAUCGGCUCAUGGUUAAUUUAAAGUAGUCUGGCCUUGACAGAUGAACCAGCUUCCUCGUGACUAUUUGCUUCGGCUUGGUGGUGAAUGCAAAAGGAGGGUGGCCUGACUGACCGUUGUAAAUCAAAAGGAUAGCCAGACACAAAAAUCAUCCAGAAAAGCAUUUUUUUUUUUGCCUUUAAGAGUUAUUACUUACACCUGUUUAAUAUUUUCAAGAGGUGGAUAAUGUGUGUUCUAUAUAGUGAACGAGUAAUUGGUAAUUGGUCAGUGGAUAUUUGCCUUUUGAGUCAAAUCAGUUUAAUUUCCUUCUAAACUGGUGAAAGGUGUGAUAUCACACGUCAGUGGUUUUCUUUGUCCUUUUGUGCAAGUGACCAUGUUGGACCGUAGCCUGUCGGUGAGUGUGGAGACGUCCUCACCUGACAGAGUGCCUUGACGUGAGUCCCGCUACAGGAAAAUCAUUCAGGGAUGUCUUUAAUUAUGAGUUGUUACAUGGUGAUUGGAUGUUGUCCUAAAACAAAAAAAAACAACACGCAAGAGUAGAGGAAUAUUCCUACAGUUCCCUAUGUUAUUAGAUUGCCCAGUCUACAAUAAAUGUAUUACCUCAUUUGGACAGAAACUUAAUAUGAAAUAUAGAUUUACUCAUUGGCAGAUGCUUUUGUCCAAAGCGACCUACAACUGGAAGUGUAAACUUCCUGGAAUUGUCGUCUUUGCCGAUGGAGGCCGAGCCUACGGCUUCUUACAGCAUCUUAUGACAACGGCUUUGUUCUAUCUUGGCCUCUCUUUAAGCUGAAUCCCUGAAAUUCUUACUGGAACAAUAUCCUCUCCUUCAACCUCCCAUUUACUUCACGAAACAACUGUUUUAAUUCAGGAAACAAACUCUAGAGGGAAAAUAGUAUUGAACUUUGGGUUCCAAUAAAAGUGGUGUUAUUUAUUGAGUAAAUACAGUGAUAAUAUGGAGAAACUGGACAUAAACCUGGAACUGGGAUAGAAUAGAACUGGGACUGUGAGUACUGCCCUUUUUUUUAUUUGUCUUCUCAAUUUGUUUUCAUCAUCAGUUCCACAACCUUGGAAAAAGGCCAAAGGUCAAAAUGGAACAGUAGUAGAAGCAAUCAUCCUUUGGCAGAAUCCAGAUAACAUUAGAUGUCCUACAAUGUGUCACAUUAGCUUGAUCUCAUUUAAACUCAACCAAAAAUCCAUUCUGGUCAAAAUGUUAAGUAUGUAAUCUGUUCUACAGAUCAAUGUUGUCUACAACGCUUAGGCAAAGUUUGUGGAUGAAAAAGACUUGAGGGAUAUUCAGGUUGUUUUUUUUUGUUUUGUUGAGAAGUGACAUGCAAACCAUCAGUGUAUUAUUUCCUCCUGAACAGUGGUUCCUUUGUAAAUAAUCCAUAUGAAAGUGUGAUUAUAAAUAAAUGCAUUGCCAAUGGAAACAACAGUCUCUUUGACUUUUAACCUGAGGGAGUUAAAAAUCAUAAGUCUGCACACACACACACUCUGGCUGAUUCGACCGGGUCAGGUGGAAAAAUGGGGAAACAAUGGCAGACAUUUAUGAUGUCACAAAACUCUACAGCAAUAAUAGUGCAU